UCUGGACCUUGUUUGGGCCCCAAUCCAAAUAAUCCAACUUAAAGAAGACAUUUCUGAGAUAAAAGGAGAAAUUUAGGCAUGGACUGAGUAUGAGGUAAUACUUAAAUUUUAUUACCAAUUUUGUUAAAUAUUAUGAUGGACUUAUGAUUAUAUUAAAGUAAAAAUGUCUUUAUCUAUAUUUAGGAGUGAAAUGAUGCUAUGCUAGAAUUUGCUUUAAAAUAUCCCAGACAGGAGGCAGAGGCAAGGCGCCGAGGGAAAGAUGGAAGACUACCAGGCUACCAAAGAGACUGCUUUUGUUGUUGAUGAAGUGAGCAACAUUGUAAAAGAGGCCAUAGAAAGAGCCAUCGGUGGCAAUGCCUAUCAGCACAGCGAAGUGAAUCAGUGGACCACAAAUGUAGUGGAGCAAACCCUAAGCCAACUCACCAAGCUGGGGAAACCAUUUAAAUACAUUGUGACCCGUGUAAUCAUGCAGAAGAACAGAGCGGGAUUACACACGGCAAGUUCCUGCUUCUGGGACAGCUCUACUGAUGGGAGCUGCACUGUGCGAUGGGAGAACAAGACCAUGUACUACAUUGUCAGCGCCUUCGGACUGUCCAUUUGACCAUCUCGUCCAGACUGUGAUUUUCUCCUUUUGUCCCAACGUUUCUCUACCAUCUUCUAACCACCAGCCGUCUAGUCAGUGAUCACCUGUCUCACUCUCUUUAAGUGUGUUUUUGUGGCACUUUCAAAAUGUAGAUAAAAAAACCAAAUAACCACACUGUUCUGUGACCUGCACACCCUAAGUCAGAGGAAUCAUCACUGAAGGUAGUCAGGAGCCUGUCCUGACACUUGUCUUAACUUUGAAUGUUUCUUUUCAAAGGUGCU